UCGCGGGCGAGGGGCUGCAGGGCGGCUGAGCGCGCGGGUCUCCUCAGUUCGUUGCGCGACGGGGGAGCCGGAGGAGCGCGGAGUCGCCAACCCACCCGUUCGCUCCACCAACAUCCCUUCCCGCCGUCCUCGGAAGCAGCCCAGCGGCAGACGGUAACCAUGAGUGACCGCAAGGCCGUGAUCAAGAAUGCGGAUAUGUCUGAGGAGAUGCAGCAGGACUCGGUGGAGUGUGCCACCCAGGCCUUGGAGAAGUACAACAUCGAGAAGGAUAUCGCUGCCCACAUCAAGAAGGAGUUUGACAAGAAGUACAACCCAACUUGGCACUGCAUUGUGGGAAGAAACUUUGGCAGCUAUGUGACUCACGAGACCAAACACUUCAUCUACUUCUACCUGGGUCAAGUUGCCAUCCUCCUGUUCAAGUCCGGUUAG